AUGCUGGCGGUGCGUAAGCUGGUGGAGCCUACUGCGGUGAGCGCGGUGUGCGUCCUGCAUUUGGAAGCGAAUGCGGCGACGCCAGCGCCGUGGGGCAACAGAGCUGUCGCUCUGGCGGCCAUGGCGGAGUCGAUCCAUGUGUUUGACCUCGCACCCAUCUCCGAGAUCACCAGUCCUGCUUCACCCUCGUCGUCACCACUGAGGUUUCAGUUUUGCGCACGCGGCCACGUCUUCAAUGUUGGGUGUGGCGUGUCGGGGCUACUGGCACUGGCGAACCAGUGCUUUGCCGUGUGGACGCGCGACCAGGAGUGCCUACUGGUGCGUUACCAGGCCAACCUCGCUCAUUCUCCCGCCAGCUGUACGAGCGUUGCUGACGCGUGUCGAGUAUACGGAGCGGACGGGAGACCGUCGCCGUCGCACCACAAAGAGCAUCAUUGGUACGUGGUGCGACGAUUGCGACUUUGGUGCCCAGACGCGAGCGAACUUCUUCCGGCGCCGGAGAUGGGCGUCAACGAGGGGAUGGACACCAUCUUCAUCCGCUUCUCCGAGAAGCAUAUCUUCCUUCUCUGCUUGAAAUGGGCGCCAGCCUGCACACCAGGGGAUAAGGGGAACCUGUCGGCGAACACGCUGCGCAUCUGUCGCUGGUACACUGGCAACUACAUGCGCGCCUACGCCGGCACCGGGUUCCACUACCCCACCCAGAGCUGCAGUGUGGCCACCCGACGUCCACGUGAGAGCAAGACCGAUCAUCAGGCGCGACUUGAGCAGCUCUGGCAGUCAUGCUCCCCCUUUGCCAGCAUACCUGACGAGGACCUCAUUGCGGGGCACUCAGUGGGGGAGCUGGCACGGCACAAAGAAGCAGAGACGCAAGGCGCGGCUGCGAAGUAUGCCACGGUGUCACCCUCGUCCCCGACGAACGACUACUGUGGUGUGAGCGGUGUGUGGCUGCGCCGUGAGCCUUACACCACAUCGUCACCGCUGAUGCCAUCACCGGCGCAGUACUGCGGUAGUCCCCUGGGAGGCUUUGCGAACGUGCGGGGCACCGGAAGGAAUACCGCUGUUCACCAUGCUCCACCGACACUCUUCGGCUCCAGGGUUGUCGCUCUCAAGGACAAGUAUGCCUCUCCGCACAAGAGGGCUAUCGCUGUGGUUGCGCCACGGCGAAGCGGACAGCAGGUGGUGGAUUGGCUGCUGCUUGUGAUGGUGAGCACCGAUUCUUACACGGCGGUCUACCACCUGCAGAGGCGCCAUACUCCGUUGACAGCGCCACACCUCGUCCUGGAGGGAGUCGUGCAUGACACGGCGUACCCGCGCCAGGUUCUCUUGUGCACCCAUAGCGGUGACGCGAUCAACGAUGUGUGGGUGGCGCUCAGCGACGGCGUCGUGACGAGGCUGUCCGUGUCAGCGCUGCGCUCCAGAUGGAGGGCAGGUGGAGAGGGCACCAACAUGGGGUGGCCUAGGAUAUCAGUGUCUGGCCUGCCUCCGUCCUUCUACUGCCGACACAUGCGGCCAGCCGACGACCUCAUCGGCGCAGACCCGCACCUCAACAGCCCCGGCAGCGUUGGGGGUGACACGUCAGCUUACCCCUGUACAGGCCGGUACGCUAUCUUUUCUGAUGGAGUUCAAGACGUGUACGUAGUCGACCUCGUGAUGUGCCAAGUAGUGGCGGCCAUGGCUGCCGACGGCCCCAUGACCGACAUCUGCGAAGCUCCGCACGGUUUCGUGGCAAGCUUUGCAAAGGGGGUGCUGCGGUACCUUCAGCCUGGCGUGCCUCUGUAUGUGUGCGGGACGGCUACUCUCGCUGGAGUGACGGAUGCCCUGCACGUCGCACGUGUGCGGUGCAGCACUGCCAGCGAGAGCGACAGCGACGGCGUCGCCCCCGGUGUGUACCUCAUGGCCAGCACGAGGUUCACCUCACAACUGUUUUUUGUGGAGGAGAACGGCAUACGUGCCACUGCGGCGAACGGGUGGGCAUACGUGAUGGACGAGCCCACGCUGGCGUUUGGCGCCGGCACCGCUACGCUUGCGCAGUGCACGGCGACCCGCUGGCGUGUUGGGGGCAUUGUGCACACGCUUCCGAGGGCCUUCUUGCACGCGGCCGUCGAGGAAUUGCCCAUCUUCGGCCUCGUGUGCGUUGGUAUCGUCGUGACUGCGAAGCACGACACGUGCGCGCUCCUUGGGGUUGGGACCCGGUCCGGCGUUGACAUUCUUCGCAUCGCGGACGUGACCUGUGUGCCAUGGUCGUGUGUCACGAUGACGGCACUCGGUGAUGGUGUGGCGGCGCAGGUUGUGAUGGGACGGUGGGAGGGUGGGGUGACGGUGGCGCAGCUGGAGUGCGCGCCACAGACGUCGUGGCGGUGUGUGGUGGCCUAUACUGUUUAUCCGAUGUUUGGCACUGGCGCACCGGUGCAGCGACUGCUGUCCCUGCCGCGUGCUGGGACGUACGGGCGCUGGAUGGCGACUCACACCAGCGGGGAGGUGUCUAUUUUAACGGCGGCACCGCUCAGCGACUGUGGGGCUGAGGCGGCAGCUGCGGUGGCUGCAGGGAUGCGUGAGCAGCCGCAUGCGUGGGCGGCCGCAAAGAACGUGCAGGGCGGCAGUGGCGUCCCGCUCACCGCCACGGCAGCCGUGCCGCUGCUGCGAGCCGGAGGCGGUGAUGAGCUGAACGGCUUCGAUGGGGCGCUACUGCAGCCACGAGAUGGCGCCGUGCUUUUCUUCGCCGUCUCCCUCGAGGGGGCCGACAGACGAACGCCACCGCUAAUGCGGUGGCACCGAGAGGAGGACGAGGCAGACGUGGCGUGGCACACCCAACUGGAACACACUGUGCGUGCUGUCCUCGAGCCGCUCGACGCAGCACAGGCGAGGACGUCUUUGUGGCGCGAGGCGAUUCUACUCGAGCGCCGCACUAUCACAGGAACCCUAGCUUAUGACCUCCUAGUAGUACACCAUGACAAGCUGACGCUACUGGCCCUUGACCGACACCUCUUUAGCCACGAUCAGCGGGCUGCCCGUGAGGCACCGCUCCGAACCCGUGCCUAUGCGCUGGUGUUUGCUGCACCCACCCGCUACAUAUGCACUCAUCAAGUCACGCUGUCGCAGACGGCGACGACGCGUGGGACGCUCCUCGGAGUGGUGAGCUCGCCAGAUGGCGAAGAUGGAGGCUUGAUGUUGUGUGUGGUGGUGACUGAGGCCGAGCUCACAACGCGACUUACAACUGUGCGCAUGGCAACGCUGUUGACGCUGGACUCUGUCGUGCUGUACGACCACAUCGCACACUGGAUGGCCUCCGUGCCAACCCCCUCGCGCACUGCUAACCACAACGUUGCGCCGCUGUUUCUCUUGUGCACUCUUCAUGUCCCUUCUGGCGACGUGCAGCUGCAGGUGGUGACCGGCAACCCGCUGCGAGUUGUCUCUAGCGUGACGCUUGAGGAUGUGGCGGCUCCGCCAGACGCGAAAGGUGAGGACGUGUCCAUUGACGGGUCGGUGGAACUUGUGCCGUCGCACGCGAACGGGAGCGGCGAGCUGGGGAUGUCGGAAGUGUUGGUGACGGUCGCCGUCGGUUACGGGACUCACCUAUUCGCCCUGCGGGGCCACACGCUGUACUUCCAGCACUGCGUAGUGGCCCCGGAGUGUGUCAGCGCCGUGGUGCUGUGUUACCCUGUGGUGACAGUGUGCACACAAGGCGAGACAAACGUUUACCUGCAGGUGUACCCCGUACACGACACGACCGAGUCCCUCGCUCCCUCCUACACGGCAGCGACGACGAAGCUGUUGAAGGAGUAUGGCAAGGUUUCGUGGAAGAUGCGCGUUGAGGCGCGUGAGCCGUCCUUGGGCGCGUGUGUCAUAGCGCAGGCGUCUCUGUACGACCGGUGUGUACGGACGGACGUGGAGGGCGACGUGUCGGUGAUGUUCACCUCUUUCAUGCCCGCCUUCUCGCCCACGAAGCCGCGAGCAGCACUCCGUGUGAACCGCGAAGAUGCCUACAUCGGUUCCGCAGACUGGCCUCAAUCCUUCCUCACUCAUGCGGUGCGUCUCCCGUCCGUGCCGACGAAGGCGCGUGUAGUUCGCCGCGCUGACGCGAUCCACUGCCGCUUCCCCCGCCAACUAGGGUGCAAUGGCCGUCACAUCACGCUGCAGUCGCUCAGUCAGCGCCAAGACGGGUCCGCACGCCUGCUGCUGCUGCCGUGUCACGAUGGCGGUCUCUACAGCGCGUGCGAGCUGCCGUUCAGCAUUGCGCAUCCACUGAUGCGGCUGGAGCAGGUCAUCACCGACACUUACGCCCUCGAUCUCUCCGCCACCGUGCACCCGUCCCUUCCUGGACGGCUGCAGCACACCUGCCACCUGCGUCCCUUCCACGUUGUUCACUCUCUGCAGCCGGUAGUGGGGAUACAGCGAGCGUUGAAGCAGGCAUGCAUCAUGGUGGACGCCGUGAAUGAGUACUUUAUGUUGCGUGAGGUGGUGCGCGCGGGGUGGGGCAGGGGAGGGAUCACAGCGAAGGAGUCGAUGAGCGACGAGGCAGCGGCGCGCCGCAAGUUCAUCGCCCUUGAUGACGUUGUGCAGACGUUGCUAGCCGAGGAGUACAAUGGCGCGUACACAGUGGAUGACUGCGCAGAGAUUCUCAACCUCUCGUGA